CGUUUGAAGCGUAUGUGCGCGCCCCCGCGUCUCCUCGUGUCCUGAGUCUACUACCAGUGCGCGCCCCCGCCGCUCGCCGUGGAAGCAGUUGUCGCUCGGAUCGAGUCUGCAGGUCCACGGACACGGAGCCAUGGACGCACACUGAUCACCGGAGCUCACUUCUACUGCAGCACCAGCGGGAUUUACCGCAUGUUUUUUAGGUUUUAUUCUUUCUGUUUUGGUUUUCCUCUCAUGUGUGGCCGGAUUGUGUGUUGUUUUUCCAGCUACACACACACACACACACACACACACACACACACACACACACACACACGCACACACACCGAGCAUGCUUUUAUCGUUGCCUUUAUUUGAUGUGAGACUUGACUGAAAAAGAUUCUCCAGAUCCGAAGCUGCAGAGGCUGAUUCCAGGCUGGAGAAGAACUUUUUCUCCGGGGCAGGGAUGUCUUCGGCUCGGGUGGAUUACAUCGCGCCCUGGUGGACUUACUGGCUGCACAAUUUCCCUCACAUCAACCUGAGGUUCCAGCCCGCCGACAACAGCUUCCAGCCUGGAGAUGAGAACUACCAGCAGUCGCUCAUGUUCCUGGGCUGCGUGGCGGCUGCAGGACUCGGCCUCAACCUGCUGUGUCUCGCCGUCUACCUGAGCUGCCUCUGCUGCUGCCGCAAGGACGAGGAAGAAGAAAGCAAGAAGCCCAACUCCUGCUGCGUCACCUGGUCGGCCGUCGCCGCCGGCCUCAUCACAUGCGUCGCAGUGGGUGUCGGUUUCUAUGGCAACAGCGAGACCAAUGACGGCGUCUACCAGUUGACCUACUCCCUGUACAACGCCAAUCACACGCUGGGUGGCGUGGACAGCCUGGUGACGGGCACCAUGGGCAACAUGAAGAGCAGCCUGCACCAGCACCUCGCCAGGCUGGACGAGAUCUUCGCCACGCGAGGCGACUACGUGCAGACCCUGCAGUUCAUGCAGCAGAUGGCCGACAACGUGAUCAAACAGCUGCUGGGUCUGCCCGACUGGGAGGAGGCCAAAGUGGACCUGGCAUCCAUCGCUGAUCAGACGGCCAGCAUCGAGUACUACAGGUGGUUCACCUACCUGCUGCUGCUCAUCCUGGACCUGAUCAUCUGCCUGCUGGCCUGUCUGGGGCUGGCCAAGCAGUCCCGCUGGCUGCUCACCACGAUGAUGGUGUUCGGAGUGCUGACGCUGGUCCUGAGCUGGACUUCGCUGGGAGCCGACCUGGCCACCGCUGUGGGAACCAGUGAUUUCUGCGUGUCUCCUGAUAAAUACGUCAUGAGUCAAACGAAGGGCAUCAUCAGCGCUGACAUCGUUCAUUACUACAUUUACUGCAACCAGACUCUCUCCAACCCCUUCCAGCAGCCUCUGACCAUCUUCCAGAGGUCCCUGACCACCAUGCAGAUCCAGAUCCAGGGCCUGCUGCAGUUUGCUGUGCCUCUGUUUCCCACAGCUGAGAGAGAUCUACUGGGUAUCCAGCAUUUGCUCAACUCUUCGGAGGCCAGUCUGCACCAGCUGACCGCCCUGCUGGACUGCAGGGGGCUCAACAAGGACUACCUGGACGCCAUGGUGGGGGUGUGCUACGACGGGGUGGAGGGUGUGCUGUACCUCUGCCUCUUCUCCAUCCUGGCAGCCUGUGCCUUCACCGUCAUGCUGUGUGCCAUUCCCAGGGCUUGGAGACAGAUUGCCUGCAGGGAGCGAGACUACGACGACAUCGACGAGGAGGACCCGUUCAACCCGAGGGCCAGGAGGAUAGGCUCCCAGAACCCCAACCACACCAACAUGCACAGCUUCUGCAGCUACAGUAGCAGCAUGGGUAGCCAGAACAGCCUCCACCCGCCGGCCCCGGCCGUCUCCAACGCCCCCAUGUCCGACUACAUGAACCAGACGGCUCUGUUCGGGGGAAAUCCGCGCUACGAGAACGUUCCUCUGAUUGGACGAGGCUCUCCGCCGCCCUCGAUAUACUCUCAGCAGUAUAGAAAUCGAUACUCCCCCAGUAUGAGGGCCACCUAUCUAUCCAUGACUGAGGAACAGAGUAGACACUUUGGAAACGACUUCCAAGCAUAGACUUGUGUAUUUACCCGCGGAGGGAAGCAGCAUCACAGCCUAAACAAGACGGGAGGCUGCUACAAACAUCACAGAGGACAGUGUGUAACAUCUGGAUAAACCAGCCUGUGCAGUAUCAGGACAAUGGAACAACAUCUGGACCGUUCUCUCUGUGUUUUGAGCUCAUUAAUGACAUUUCUGUCCUUCUGUCCUGACAACUUAAACAUUUCUGACGACGUGCUGUCAAACUUAAUCUGCUCUUAAUCUGUCGCGUUCCUUCGAUGCCUGAUGCAAACUUGUUGAAAAACUGUUUCCCAGUGAAAUGUCACAAAAAAUAAGAAAAAAUACAAAAAAAACAUCAAAUUAAUUGAGAUUUUUCUGCCUUCAAAGCUUUGAAAGGAAGGUGCUUAUUACUUUUGUCAACUUAGAUCCAGGUCUUCAAAGAGUAAAAUGUGAAAAACGAGCUGUGUAAAGAUGAUUUUCUAUGUCUUAUGCUUCAUGCUUGAUAUUUGUGAAGCACAAACCCAGCACACUGGCAGCACACAGUAAUUUAUUGACAUCCUCACACACAAACACGUCUGCAAGUGAAGUUUUACGUCUCUAAAACUCCAGAGACGAGACGACUUGGAGACCACGGCUUCUGUAAAUAAGGUGUACAGUAACAGACAGUUGUCUUACUCUAUAUUUGAUUUUGUUUAAACAGUGUGCCAUUUUUAUAUAUAUUUUUUCUAGUUUUGUGUGGCGAUGUCACAAAGGAUCACUUUUUUUUUGUAUUUUCUAAAGGGCCAUAAAUUAAUAUUCUGUGGCAUAUCUAAUGCAACUAAUACAGUGAGGUUGGCAUUUCUAUCAUGACUUGGGAAGCUGUGCUGCUCUAACUAUGAUUCAUGAGAAUAUUCAGGUAAUUAUUUUCAUCAAAUCCAACCCUCCAAACAGUACACAGUUUGUAUUGACUAACAAUGAUUUUCCGUAGGGAUUUAAUACAUGCAGUGUCAUUUAUUAAGACUAUUUGUGUUGUUUCUUUCAGCAUGUUACACUGUACAGGCACUGAGAGUGGUGCUUAAUUUUGUGUGUGACUCCAAACUUCAGGGUCUAAUUGUGAGUUGAAUAAACCAGCUUUGACUACAA